GCAAAUGUCUCAAUGCGGGUCUGUAGAGAAGUGAAGAGAGCGCGGAGGCGACAGCGGGUCACGUGUAAGUGAUUAUCCAAUGACUCUAGGGGCUCGUGCUGCUCAAUCUGUUCCGCCGCUCACGUGACUCCCACUAAUCCCCGCGGUCUCACAGAGACACUCGUAACCCUUUCAGCACUGGCGUCUGCUCUGCGUCCCUCUGUCAUUGCCCAGUCACGUGUCAUUCUCGCUGUGAUACAAAAAAACAACAGCCCCGAGAUGUCUCCGUCUCUCCCCGACUCGCUUGUCAACAAUGUUUGUGCGGAGGAGGGGCCUAGGGAGCAGCAGCAUGAAGUGACUCCUGCGCAUGCGUGACUCUUGGCUGCCGAGAAAAGUGUGUCACUGGGGCACGAGGCUUCUCCCGGGGUCACGUGGUGCGGGCUUGAGCUGCCUCGUGCGGGGCCUGAGGAGGACGGGGAGUUUGUGCGCAGGCGCAAGUGCUGCAGUGACAGGAGCGGACUAUAGAGACCGGGAGGUGAGACAGUGAGAAGAACAUUAGAUCCCAGCGCUGAGCGGAGACAGGACGUGCCUUACUGAGCUCCCACUUAUCUACUCAUCCACUCACUCAUCCACUCACUCACUCAGCUCUCUAUUAUUAUUAUUAUUAUUAUUAGAGUCUGCUCAGUCUCUCCCCCCCACACACACCAGGAUUUCUGUUCCCCAAAUGCCCUGAACCCCCCACAACCUUUGUGCAAGGAUUUCCUGCUGGGGGUCAGUGUGAAGGACAAAACCUCGUGACUCCCACCAGCCUGGGACCCCCAAACAUGACUACGCUGGACUGUGCCAACAACACCGGAGGUGUAAUCAGCUACGUGGGCUCCAAUGGCUCAUCGCCCAAUCGCACCAGCCCCGUGUCCCUGUACAGCGACUGCUCCAGUGGGAGCCCCCAGAGCGGCAUCAGCCACUAUCCCAACUACUUGCCACCUUCACCCUCCUACUCCUAUAGUGGCAGCCCCUCUGGAUCUGGGGGUGAAUCCUCUCCACGCUCAUCCUACGGCCUUGCGGCUUCACCAGGGGGGCUUCAUGUUGCUCUGGAUGAUGGAAGCAGAGUGUCCCCCAGUAAAACCUCCAGCAGCAUCACCAAGCUGAAUGGUAUGGUCCUGCUGUGCAAAGUCUGUGGAGAUGUGGCCUCUGGAUUUCAUUACGGGGUCCAUGCUUGUGAAGGCUGCAAGGGCUUCUUCAGGCGCAGUAUCCAGCAGAACAUCCAGUACAAGAAGUGUCUGAAGAACGAGACUUGCUCCAUAGUGAGGAUCAAUAGGAACCGCUGCCAGCAGUGUCGCUUCCGCAAGUGCCUGUCGGUGGGAAUGUCUAGAGAUGCUGUGAGGUUUGGUCGAAUCCCCAAGAGAGAGAAGCAGAGGAUGCUGGCGGAGAUGCACAGUGCUAUGAACCACAUCACCAGUGGCCAUUUUGGAAGGCGCAGUCCAGUUCCACUUCAACCCCAUCAGCAGCAACAGCAGCUCCAUCCUUCCUCCUCUCCUCUCAUGGGCACAGCAGCCACCUCCCUGCCUGAGACCUACUCACAGUACCCACAGCAGCUCACCCCACCCACGUCCCCCAGUCCAGACCACAAUGAAGAAGUGAUUAGUCAGGUGGCUAUGGCUCACAGGCAGAUCUUUGUCUAUGCCAACGAUAAACUGAGCAAAAAGACUUCCUGGGACCAUCAACAUGGGAACCACCCCCCAUCAUGCUGGUCACGUGACAGUGACGAAUCCCAUGGCAACCAUGACAUUCGGCUGGCGUGCCCCAUGAAUGCUCUGCAUCGGGGAGGUCCCGUUCGCUCUGUGCAAGAGGUGUGGGAGGAUUUCUCCCUCAGUUUCACCCCGGCUGUACGAGAAGUCGUGGAUUUUGCCCGUCACAUUCCAGGCUUCAAAGAUCUCACUCAGAAUGACCAGGUCACCCUGCUGAAGGCUGGCACCUUUGAGGUGCUGAUGGUUCGCUUUGCCUCUCUGUUUGACGCUCGGGAACGUUCCUUGAGGUUUCUCAGUGGCGCCACCUACUCCCUCCCUGAUCUGCAGGCCAUGGGAAUGGGGGAACUUCUCGGCUCCAUGUUUGACUUCAGUGAAAAGCUGGCGUCUCUCAGCCUGAGCCAGGAGGAGCUGGGCAUCUUCACUGCUCUUGUCUUGGUGUCUGCAGAUCGCUCCGGGAUGGAGAAUUCCUCUUUAGUGGAGCAGCUUCAAGAGACUCUCAUCCGGGCCCUACGUUCCCUCAUCAUGAAGAACAGCCCAAACGAUACCUCCCGCUUCACCAAACUGCUCCUGCGCCUCCCGGACCUGCGCACCCUCAACAACUUGCACUCGGAGAAACUGCUCUCCUUCCGUGUGGUUGCCCACUGACGGUACAAUGGCUGCUAGAGUUGGUCGGGCAGAGCACUGGCACUUUAAAUUGAACCUUGGAAGCCGAGGGACUACAUGGACUGUGCCUAUUGGGGGGAACCCGUUGCUCGCGGGCAGGAUGGCGGAAUCGUAAUGAUACCCUGGCGGUGGUGGUGAAUCACAUGACCUUGGCAUCAGAGUAAAACAUUGGCAUAGACUGUUCCAAGAGAUGCCGAGGGCUGAAUCAUGGCUCUCUCUCAUUUUGGGACUAAUUUGCGAGGGAUGUACAUAGACCUGUAUAUAUAUAGAUCUAUAAAUUUCACAGAACUUGGUGGAUAUAAAUAUGAACAUUUUAUUCAAUCCUUAUUCAAUAAGUCUUUCUCUGUCUCACUCAGUGCUAAGCUCUGCAUGUUACCCUUGUAUUGUCCUGGCUUCAGAAUGUCGUAUAGGGAAUGAAAGCCAUGUACAGCCAUCUUGGAUUCUACGACGCAUCGCGUAUUUCCAUUUGGUAGCGGGAAACAGGACAGACGUAUUGAUGUGAAUAUACAGGGUUCUAGGGGCACCGUGCUGUGAAGAUCACAUUUCUUUGUGUGUGUAAAUAUAUAUAUAUAUAUAGACAUGUUUUAUUUAUUUUUUUUGUAACUAUUUAUAAAUCAAUACUGCAGCUACUAAUAAAUACAUGUUUUAUCAA